CAGCGGUCCGCCACCUGGCCCGAUCGCACCUCGCUUGCUCCCAGACCCCUACAGAUCCUACACUAUAGCUUCUGUGUUUUUUGAUUCUUGCACCCGGUCCCUCCAUUCAUCCGCGCACCGUCCUUACAUACAUACUAGACCUUCCAUGGGCGGCCCUAAUCCAGACCCGGUGCACGGAAUUAUCGGUGCACCGGGUUCACUUAACUAUUUCGGGGCAUUUUUUUCCAUCACCAGGCCUCCUUAGCAAAAAGUUUAAGAGUGCAGUAUGUUACUCAUAUAAUAUUUCUAAUUAAUUAAUGUAUAUUUUUAAUUUAUUCAUCCCGCUUUAAUUAUUAAAAAGUUAUUUUUAUUAUAUUUUUUGUUUUAAAAAAAAAUCUGAUCGACCGAAAAUAGAUGGUGUUAUAAUGUAGACUUUCCCCUCUUUCGGAAGCCGGCUCGGAUAAUCGAGUAACUAAAUUUUUUUCUUUAUGCCCCUCGCCCCAGUCCCUCCCACCUCUCUCUUUCAUAAAUCGAACUCAGACCCCCAUUUCCACCUCAAAUCUCUCUCUCUCUCUCUCUCUGUUUCUCUCCCCCUCAGAUACACACAUAAAGCCUAGUCUCCACCGUCGAAUCACACCUGUGUGUGUGUGCGGGAAGAAGGAAGGCGUAGUAUAUAUAUAGGUAUGGCCAUGCCCGACGAGCUCGCGGACGAUCUGUGCAGCAUGAGCUUCGGCUCCUCGGAGCGAUCGGGGUCGUCGACGGUCUCCUCCGCCGGAUCGGGAUCGGGGUCGGGGUCGUCGUCGUCGUCGUCGUCGAUGGCGUCGGCGCCCAAGGGCGGCGAUCCGCGGCUCGAUCUAAUCCGGCGGCUGGGAUCCUCCGAGUCGGGGCGGCUCGGGGGCGCGCUGUCGCCGUCGGAUCUGCGGUUCGUGCGGCGGCUGGGGUCGGGCGACAUCGGGAGCGUGUACCUGGCGGAGGUGAAGUGCGGGGGAUCGGGGGCGGCGGUGGCGGUGGCGGUGGCGGCGAAGGUGAUGGACAAGAAGGAGCUGGAGGGCAGGAGCAAGUGGGGGCGGGCGAGGACGGAGCGGGAGAUCCUGGAGAUGGUCGGGGAGCACCCCUUCCUGCCCAGGCUCUACGGCGUCGCCGAGAACGACCGCUGGUCCUGCCUCCUCACCGACUUCUGCCCCGGCGGCGACCUCCACCUCCUCCGCCAGCGCCAGCCCAACCGCAGAUUCCCCGACUCCGCCGUCAGGUUUUACGCGGCGGAGGUGGUGGCGGCGCUGGAGUACGUGCACAUGCUGGGUAUCGUGUACCGCGAUCUGAAGCCGGAGAACGUCCUGGUCCGAUCCGACGGCCACAUCAUGCUCACGGACUUCGACCUCUCCCUCAAGUCCGACGACCCGUCCGCCGCCCCGACCCCGGCCCACCUCAUCCCCUCCUCCUCCGCCUCCGAAUUCCCCUCUGCCGCGUCGUCGGCCGCUGCCGCCGCCGCCGCCGCCUCCUCCUGCAUCCUCCCCAGCUGCAUCGUGCCUGCCGUCUCCUGCUUCCGCCCCCCCAGCUGCAAGUCGAAGCCCCCCUUCCACCGCCGCCGCCGCCGCAAGAACCCCUUCCAAUCUUCUUCUGCUUCUUCCGCGGCCGCCGCUGCCGCCGCCAUCGAAUUCGUCGCCGAGCCCGUCGACCUCCGGUCGAUGUCGUUCGUGGGCACCCACGAGUACCUGGCCCCGGAGAUCGUCUCGGGCGAGGGCCACGGCUCCGCCGUCGACUGGUGGACCCUUGGCGUGUUCAUCUUCGAGCUCCUCUACGGCGCCACCCCGUUCCGCGGCUCCGACAACGACGCCACGCUCGCCAACAUCGUCGCACGGGCGCUGGAGUUCCCGCGGGAGCCGCACGUGCCGGCGGCGGCGCGCGACCUGGUGGCGGCGCUGCUGGUGAAGGACCCCGCCAGGCGGCUGGGCGCCGCGGUGGGUGCUGCCGCCGUCAAGAAGCACCCCUUCUUCGACGGCGUCAACUGGGCCCUGCUGCGCUGUGCCCCGCCGCCCUAUGUGCCGCCGCCCUUCGAGAUCGCCCGCGACCAAUCGGAGGACGACGACUGCUGCUGUCCCGGCACGCCGGUGGACUUCUAUUAGUCAGCAGUUGGUCGGCUCCUUAAUUUGUCAGUCAGUUAGUUAGUUAGUUAGUUACUUAUUAGUUACUCUGGCGGCUGACUGACCACCAAGACAGCGAGCUCGACGAAAGCGGACCCCGACCGGACGGACGGACAUUUUUGGUGCGUGCCCAGAACUACGGUUGGGUGGACAUUUUUGGUGCGUGGUAGACCGGAAUCUCCAAAACUCAAAUACAGAGAGGCCUUAAUUAGAAUCUAAAUAUUCAUAAAUUGAUCGCAUGAAAAUGUUAAUUAACAAAAGUAUGUAUAAACUUAAGAUUAGAUCUUACAUAUAUAUAUUAUUAUUUAAGGCCUGUAAAUUAAUUUCAGUUUUGGAAAACCCGGUCUGCAGAUCAUUCGGACCGAUCAGCAGGCUGGUCCACGUGCGCGCAGUCCUGCACCCUCGUGGGCUGUGUUCUUCGAUGUUACCAAAAUAUAUAAAAUGAUUUAAAUAUAUAUGUAGAAGAUAUAUGAGUUAAUACAUCUUUGAGAUUAUCUCUUUGUUGAUGAGCGUCCACGUGGGAUGCAUGUGAGGUCAAUUUGUUCUUUUGAUUUUUGGCCUAAAAUAAAACUCUUCGUAUUAAUUAUCAAGUUGCUAAGAAUUCUAGAA